AAACACUACUGUAGAGGCCCAAAUAAGAGUUUUUAUAACUGUAGAGGCCCAACUAAGAGGCCCGUUUCGGCCCAUGAGUUGAAAUGGAUUUCAAAUCUAGAUCUUCCUUCCUUCUUCGUGGAAGAUGUUUUGAUCCGUCAUGCUGCUGAUAUCUGCCCCCGGUUGGGUUCAUUUCAUACUGCUAAAACCAUCGGGCAACUUUUGCAGAUUGUUUGCUUGACAAGGGCGAGACUAUCUUGUUAUUUUUGGGUUAGACUAUGUGGCAUUAUCUGGAAGGUUGUGUCUAUUAGUCCUCAUCAGACUUGGAAUGGCGAGUUCAUGCGCCAGUAUGAUGCAUGUGUCAGAUUUUGGGCAGGUCACAUAUCUGUUAGUGUUAUACCCUAUCGUGUACUGGGGUCUGGUCUGUACGUUGACAGGCUUGCGAUUUCCUCUUGCAACGAAUACAUUGCAGUAGGUUUACGUUUUGGGAUUGUUAUUGUUUAUAAACUUGAUAAUGAGUUUAAAUGCGUAAGUGCUGAUGAAAUGAGGCCAAUGGAAAUGGAAGUCACUGGAUUGGUUUUCUGCAGCCCUAGUCAUCUGAAUAUUGCUUAUAUCGGUGGAGAUAUAUGUCGGGUUGUUAUUCCCCCUAGAGGGGACUCUGUUCACCAUCGUGUUUGGGAAGGGGACUCUGUUCACCAUCGUGUUUGGGAAGGGGACGUCGUUCACCAUCGUGUUUCGUUAGGUGAUGUUGAUGCUGAUGGCUUUCUUACCGAUUAUACAGGCUCUAUUACUAUCUGUGUCGGUGUUUAUGAUGGUGAAAGAGCAUUUCGUGUGUGGGAUGCAGCCUCAGGUUCCCUAUUGUAUAGUGGUGGGAGUAUGGACUUGCCAUUGGGUGAUAGGCCCAAAGUCGUUCGGUUGUUGUCUGACACUAUGGUGCUUGCUUGCUCAGAGUCUAGGGUUUGUUAUUUCUUUAUUGCUGAUCCGGCAUUCCAUAUGUUGGCCCAAGGUUCUGUGCGCGUUGGAACAGUUGGUAGUCCAUAUGCUCUGUUGGUGGGUUAUUUGGAUGGAGCUGCCAGAUCCUGUAGGCUAUCUCCUACUGGUGAUUUGCAGUUCUUCGAAUUUGUUAACCCUCUGCAAUUUCGUUGGUUUGCUUGUCUCACCUCGGCGGCUUGUGUGUCUCUCGGUCGGACUGGGGAUAUACAGACCUUGAUUCCGGGGAAGGAGGUGAAAGAAAUGAUGAAACAAAAUUCUUAA